AUGGGAUACGAUGCUGGAAUUGCCUCACCGGCUUCAAUGUACAUUACCUUUGAUUUACUAGGCGGUGCAGAGCCAUGGUCUGAUACGCUUUCAAUAGCUCCUUCAGGAGCUGCAGCUAUUGGCGCUUUACUGACAAUUCCAGCAGGUGACUACUUUGGCCGUAAAAAAGUUAUUAUGGUUUCAUGCAUUAUUGAAAUACUCGGAUGUCUGAUAUCUGCAACUUCUUUUGGAACGCUGCAACUUCUAAUUGGAAAACUUUUGUUGGGCUUGGCUUUAGGUGGACUGUCGUCGGUUAUGGUACCAAUUUAUAUUGGAGAAUCAUCUCCAGCUAGUAUACGCGGUUUUCUGAUAACACAAUAUCAACUUUUGUCUACAAUUGGUUACUUUGCCUCGUCUGUUCUUGGAGGAGUACUUUCGUACCUAGAACCUUUGUACAUUGGAUGGCGUCUUAUGUUAGGAAUUACAGCUAUACCGUCAUUUAUUCAGUUUGUUUUUACUUUCAAGCUUCCAGAAAGUCCACGGUGGCUCUUUGCACACGGAUACCAAAAUAAUGCAAUUCAGAUCUUACGAGCUUUGUUUGGCAACCAGUCAUCUGUAGAUGCUGAGAUUGAUGAGCUUAUUAAAACUUGUGGUUCGGAGAAAACAAACGGCGUUGUUGAUAAAAGAGUCAAUGUGCUCGCUACAUUUAUUCCGGUAAUGCUCAUUGAUCGUUAUGGGCGUCGUUUGUUGCAUCUGAUAUCAGUAACUGCAGUUACUGCAGCGUUGUUGCUGCUGGCAACAUUAUUUUAUUUUAUUAAUCGUUUUUCCAUUCCAACGGUAGCUGUUGGUGAUACUUUGGGGGGAUACGACUUUUUUACGAAGCCGCUUACACACAAAUGCAUGGGUCUCAAGUCUGUCAAAUCAUUUAAUUACUUUAAAGCAAACUCGUUAACUGUUUAA